AUGUCGUCUUCAGACGUUUCUGAUGUUGAUUGUCGAGAUCAAGUUCUUGAUUUCCAGUUUGAACCUAGGAAAACUCUCAAAUCACGGUCUGAGAGUGAUUGGGUGGAUUACGAAACAGACGAAGAAGUGGAAGAAAUAUCUUCCAAUUUCAGAACAAAUCUUGCUGUAAGCACGUGGUGUAAUUGUGGAAAUUGUACAUUAAAGCCCACAGAACGUGAACUCGAGUCCUUCGAUUCAUACGAGUUGAGUGAAUCUGGGUGCAUAAUAUCCUACGUAAAUUUCGCACCUAUUAUACUGCUAAAAGAAAAUCUUUGGACGGCUUUGGUUGGGAUGCAUGAUUGCGAAAGUUCUUAUCUACCUCCAAACUUGGAGGAAAGAAUACGGUAUUCGUAUUCUUUCCUCCAAGCUCCAAAAGACAAUGUCCCUAACAAGGCUUACAGAUACGCAGCUUAUCGGCAGUUUACAUGGUGGGUUCAUGUCCGUCUUGGUAAGUCGGUAAGAAGAGUUAUUCCGUCAUGUGUCGUUAAUAAGAUACGGGACACAUUUCCUGCACCUGAUAACAUCUACACUGGCUUUAAAGAUGGGAGAUUGGUGGACGAAAAUGAAUUGUCUUGGGGGCGACAAUGCCCAGAAGAUGGAAUACAAUAA